GUGAGAAAGUUUCCAGGAAUAUCGUUUCGAAAGAUAUUUUCAUGUGAGCUUUCUGCUUCUAUCAUCAUCAUUGUUUAUAAGUGAUCACAAUGAUGGCUCCUUUGAAAGGUGUCAAAGUUAUCGAAUUAGUUGGUCUAGCACCGGCUCCAUUUCUAGGCUUAAUCCUAUCCGAUUUUGGUGCUCGAGUCAUUCGUGUGGACAAUCUUGACAACACAAAUGGAUCAAUGUUUUCACAACAAAAGGAAUCCAUGUACCUGAAUCUAAAACACCCAAAAGGUUCGGAAAUAUUACAACGUUUAACAGAAAAAUCCGAUGUUCUUAUAGACCCAUAUCGCCCUGGCGUUUUGGAAAGACUUGAACUUGGACCCGAACGACUUUGUCAACUUAACCCUGGUCUUGUAUUUGCUAGGUUAUCUGGCUAUGGUCAAACAGGGCCGAUGGCCCGAAAAGCUUCUCAUGAUAUCAAUUUUCUAAGUCUUUCAGGUGUCAUGUCUCGUUUCGGUUACAAUGAUCGACCACCAAUCGCACCAUUAAAUUUGAUGGGUGAUAUUGGUGGUGGUUCGAUACUUUGUGCGAUGGCAAUAGUUAUGGCCCUUUAUGAACGCAAUCAUUCCGGUAAAGGACAAAUAAUAGACCAUAGUAUGACCGAAGGUGUCGGAUAUCUCGGGAGCUUUCUUUGGGAAUCAUUGAAACAAAAAGAAUUAUUGUGGCCCAAUUGGCCGAAUCGUGGACAAAACACAUUGGAUUUUGGUUCACCGUUUUAUCGCUGCUAUGAAUGUGCAGAUGGAAAAUUCAUGGCUGUCGGUGCGUUGGAAGAAAAAUUCUACCAAAACCUGUUACAUACGCUCGGCUUCGAAGCGGAAUGUUUCAAUCGUUUCGAUACUGAAUCGUGGCCUGAAAUGGUCGAAGAGAUUGGUAAAAAAUUCAAAACAAAAACAAGGGAUGAGUGGACACAUGAAUUCGAAAAAGCCGAUGCUUGUGUAACUCCUGUAUUGAAUAUGGAGGAAGUAACGCAUAAUGAACAUAAUCGUAUACGUAAAUCUUAUGAUCCGAAUAGCGGAUAUCCAAACCCAGCGCCUCGAUUCUCACGAACACCAGCCAUCGGAAAUCGUGAAGGUUGUAUGGAAACAGAUGGUAAAUGUGAAUCACAAUCGCGUGACAUUCUUAUCAAAGAACUUGGCUAUACUGAACAAGAGUUGGAAGAAUUUGGUUCAGACGUUUAUAAUUGAUUGAAAUAUUACUAAUAAAUGAAACUACAUAGCGA